AUGCUCCGACCCACACACGCCCUCCACCCGCUCAGGCACUGCCGCAGACCGCCGCCGAUCAGCCGCCGCCUCCACGCCGGCGGCGCGUACGGCUUCAAGCAGGCGGUCGCCGACAUCAACCUCAAGUGGACCGUGCCCGUCGGCCUCGGCCUGACCAUCGGCCUCUGGUUCUACCUCCAGCACCAGAUCGACAGCCAGCCCCCGUCCUCGGCCCCCGCCCCGCUCAGGAUCGACGAGCCCCUCCCGCCGAGCAUCGUCCUCAAGCAGCCCGCACAGGAGCAUCUCGUCGACCCCGCUACCCAGACACAGCUCCCCGCCGAGCUGAGCCCACACCACAUCGCCCUCCAAGAGCCCCUGCGUCUCGUCGGGCUCGGCGUCCGGACGGUCUCCUUCCUGGCCAUCAAGGUCUACGUGGCCGGCUUCUAUGCCGACCCGCGCGUGCUCCGCGCCCUCAGAGUCGUCCCCGGCUGGAGUGAUGACUUCACCACCGAGAAACUGCUCUCCCCUCCUCUCGAUCCUCCUCAUAAAGACCAGCAACAAGAUAUCAGAGGCGAGGCGUUGAUCCGGAACUUGCUGGCGGCCCCCGCCCAUUUCGCCAUCCGAAUCGCCCCCGUCCGGCCCACCGACUUCACGCAUCUGCGAGACGGGUUCUGUCGCUCGCUAACCGCCCGGAUCAAGCGCGCCUCGCAGGCCGGCACGCUAUCCGAAUUCGACCUGGAAAGGGCGUCCCAAUCGAUCGCCACUUUCCGGAGCUUCUUCCCCACCGGAGUAUCGGUGCCCAAGGGGAAAGCCCUGACGAUGAUCCGGACGGCCAGCCAGACCCUGGUGGUCGAGUACGACGGCAAGAAGUUGGGCGAAUUGGACGAUCGGAUCGUCGCGCGGGAACUCUUCUUGGCAUACUUCGCCGACCAGGAUCCGAUCAGCUCCAAGUUGAAGGAAUCCGUCGCCGAUGGAUUCGCGACGCUUUAUGCUCCGGCCAGCGGCCUAACUCCAAGCGCUUCGUGA